UUAUUCAAAAGCACCUGCAAAAUCAAAUUAUAACCCCAAAUUCUGACGUUUAAUAAAUAUGGUUAUUCAAUUUUUAAACAAAGAUGAUGCCAUUGCUAUGCAUAUGUCAGACAAAGAGAGAAGCAUACUUUCGCUUGUGAAAUAGUUGUGAUGACGAGUAUGUAACCUUAAAAUUUAUUGAAUGAUUUUAAUUAAUAUGAAGACUAAACGGUUGUUUUCGGCAUUUAGCAAUAAAAAACACAUUUUAUCGUCUAUACACAAACUUCAUACAUCAAAUAGAAACUCGAAAUAUAUUACAACAGAUUUACCAGCUGCUUAUGUUCCACACGAAGUCGAUAAAAUUGAUCCUAAAGAUUAUUUCGAAAUACCAUUAUGUUCUUCAAUACCAUUUUCACUAAUACUACCCCCACCGAAUAUUACGGGGACAUUACAUCUGGGUCAUGCUUUAACUGCAACAAUAGAGGACGUUUUGGUCCGUAGAAAUCGUAUGCGAGGCAUUAAAACCGUUUGGGUCCCUGGAAUAGAUCAUGCAGGUAUCGCCACACAAGUAGUGGUGGAAAAGAAAAUUUGGAAGGAAAGGGGACUUACCCGCCAUCAGCUGGGAAGGAAUGAGUUUGAGAAGGAAAUAUGGAAGUGGAAAGAAGAGAAAGCAGCAAUUAUAGCUCAACAACUUCGUCGUCUCGGGACAUCCCUCAACUGGUCUAUGGAGACAUUUACAAUGAACGAGUCUCAGUCUUCGGCUGUCAAAAAGGCUUUUAUACAACUUUACGAAAACCAUUUAAUCUAUCGCUCUGAUUAUCUAGUUAGUUGGUCGUGCUCACUUCAGUCUGCCAUUUCUGAUAUCGAAAUUGAACACGUGGAAAUAAAUGGCCCCACAAUGGUGAACGUCCCCGGGUACGAAAGUGCCGUUGAAUUUGGGGUGCUAACAAAGUUUGCGUACAAACUUUGCAAUUCUGAUGGUAAUUUAUUCAGAUUUAAUUUAAAUAAACUUAUAAUAUUUAGAAUUGUUUUCGUUUCAGAUAAAGAAAUAGUUGUGGCAACAACUAGACCUGAAACGAUCCUAGGAGAUGUGGCUGUAGCUGUUCACCCGAACGACGCAAGAUAUUCUCACUUUGUAGGAAAAUAUUUACAGCAUCCAUUCAGAAAAGAACACAUUCCUGUUAUUGCUGACGAAUCGGUCGAUCCACAAUUUGGAACAGGUGCGGUGAAAAUAACCCCUGCUCACGAUCCCGUAGAUUUCGAGACGGGUCGUCGACACAAUUUACCCGUUUUGCAGAUAAUCGACGAGAAGGGUAGUCUGUCGAAAAGUUGUGGACAAUUUUCAGGACUGCCGCGCUUUAGAGCUCGUGACGCUAUUAUAGAGGAGCUCGACAGAUUAAAUUUACUCAGGGGCCGUCAGGGCCAUGACAUGACGGUCCCACUUUGUAGUCGUUCCAAAGACGUUAUCGAAUUUUUGGUGAAACCCCAGUGGUUUCUCAGAUGCAGUCGAAUGGCCGAAAAAGCGGCCGAAGCCGUGAGAAACGGGCAGCUCGAAAUUCAACCUUUGCAAUACGAAAAGACUUGGUUCACUUGGCUCAACAACAUAAGAGACUGGUGUAUUUCACGUCAGUUGUGGUGGGGCCAUCGGAUCCCUGCGUUUCGGUGUUUCUCGCGAUCUAAUCCUCAAGAACAAGUCUGGGUCGCUGCCGAAGAUGAAGAUACAGCUCAAGGUAAAGCUGCUCUAAGGUUAGCAAUUGAAAAGGAGACUGUUGUUGUCAAACAAGACGAAGACGUUUUGGACACUUGGUUUUCAUCUUCAUUGUUACCGUUUUCUGCGUUUGGUUGGCCUCGACAGACUGAGGAACUACAAAACUAUUACCCUUUGAGUCUGAUGGAAACAGGUCACGACAUUAUUUUCUUUUGGGUAGCUAGAAUGGUCAUGCUAGGGCUAGAACUUACCGCAAAGCUCCCGUUUUCAAAAGUUCUGCUCCAUGGCGUAAUAUGUGACGCAAAUGGUAAAAAAAUGUCAAAAAGUAUAGGCAACGUUAUAACACCAGAAGAAGUAAUUUCGGGAGCCUCAUUAAAGGAAUUGGAAAACAGUUUGAGAAUAAACAACCGCACAGGUAUACUGACCGAUUGGGAAACGUCUCGGGCAAUCGCGAGUCAAAGAAAAAUGUUUCCCGAGGGAAUACCCGCAUGCGGCGUGGACGCAUUGCGAUUCACGUUGUGUUCGCACAAUAUUAAAAACCAUUUCAUUAAUUUUGACGUCAACGAAUGUAACACAAAUCGUCUGUUUUGCAAUAAGUUGUGGCAAGCCACCAAGUUCAUGAAACGAUCGGUUCAGAAAGUCGACGCCGUUCAAAAAAUUUCGACAUCCUCGUCAAACAAUCUUACACCCAUGGACAAAUGGGCACUUAGCCGAUUAUCCUUGAUGGUAGACAGCGUGAAUAAAGGGUUGGACGACAACGAUUUUCAUAUAGCGACUUCGUCAAUUAAGAGUUUCCUGUAUCAGGACUUUUGCGACGUUUAUCUGGAGAGUACCAAGAAGGAUUUACAGGACGUGUUGUCACCUCUGGCGGUCUCGCAUUGUGUCGUUCUAACCCGAUGUUUAGAUGUAGGAUUUCGUUCCUUAGCCCCGUUCAUGCCCCACUUGACUCACUUGCUGCAUCGGCAUCUACCACUCGAGAUCAUCGGUUUCCCCCGGGACCUCUCAUACCCAAGGAACCUCCAACACAGAGAUCCCAAAUUGGAAGAAGAUGUUACCAUCGUUAUGGACACCGUCGUAGCAAUUAGAAGACUCAAGAAACUCUUUGGAAUAACAAAAAAACACAAGAGUAAACUAAGGAUAGUUUCAAAGCUGGCAUUAUUUUCGGACUUCUUGAAUGUCAUCAAAGACCUGUCUGCCAGUGAAACGGUGUAUUUAAUGGAAGAGUCCGGCCCUGUCCUGGAGGACAAUUACGUUACGGAUUCUGUCGGCGACGUGGCUAAAAUAGAAAUAUUUCUCCCAAAAGAACAAAGACAGUUGUUAGAACUCGACUUGCAGAAAUUAGAAAAGAAGCGAGAAAAAUUGAUUAAAGAACUAAAUAAAUUAGAGACAAUGACGUCUUCUGAAAGUUAUAGGAACAAUGCGCCCCCUGAAGCACAACGGACACAUUCUAAAAAGAUAUUGGCUCUGACAGAUGACUUAAGUCGUAUAGAAUUCAUGCAAAAAAUUGCUAAUAAGUUAUAACAGUAAUGAGUAAAAAAAUGUACCAUUAGAGUAAUCACUUGCUAGUAUUAUUACUUAUUAUUUUGUUUUUUAUGCAAAAAUUAAUGAUAUAAUUAA